AUGCAGCACUGCGUGGGCUCCCCGCAGCAGUUCUGCUUGCGCUGGAACAAUUACCAGAGCAAUUUGACCAACGUGUUCGACCAGCUGUUGCAGAGCGAGAGUUUUGUUGAUGUGACGCUCGCGUGCGACGGACACUCCGUCAAGGCGCACAAGAUGGUACUGUCGGCGUGCUCGCCGUACUUCCAGAGCCUUUUCUUUGACAACCCUUGCCAACAUCCUAUCGUCAUUCUCAAAGACAUCAAGUGGCCCGAGCUGAAAGCGGUCGUGGAGUUUAUGUACAAGGGAGAAAUCAACGUGUCUCAAGAGCAGAUCGGCCCUCUGUUGAGGGUGGCCGAGAGCCUGAAGAUCCGAGGGCUGGCGGACGUGAACGGAGAGCAAGAGGGUGGAGGCGGGCGAGAAGGCGGCGGAGGCAGCAGCAGCAACAACAGCAGCGCCACGCCGUCCGACUCGAAGAAGGGCUGGGACGCGCGCGUGGCGCACGACCUGUCGGAGGCGGCCAUGUGCCCGUCCCCGUCGCCGGGCCAGGGCGGCCCGAACCAGCAGGCGCGCCUGCUGGACGGCAUGCACCGCCAGAAGAAGCGGCGCCGCACCUCGGGCGAGCGCUCGUCCGUGAGCAGCCCGGAGGAGAGCAUGGCAGCGGACGCGCUGGAGGCCGCCGCCGCCGCCGCGGCCGCCGCCCGGCGCGCGGGGCCUCGGACCUGGGCUCUCCGCCGCCCGCGGGGCCCGGCUCCAGCGGGCCGCGACCUCCGGCCGCGCGGCCGCAAGCUGCCGCCGCGGCCCCGCCCCCGCAGCCAUGGUGAACUCGCAGCAAGACGCCCGGAAGGAGGCGUGCCAACUCCCCCGCAGAACCACCACGGCGGGCCGCCGCCACCCGCCGCCGCCGGGCCCCCCGGCUCGCACGGCGGGCCCGCGUCGCGCUGCCGCCGCCGCGGCCGCGGGGAUGAUGGCGGGCCCGAUGUCGGGCGAGCCCGGGAGCCUGGGGCUACCGCCGCCGCCCUCGCACCCUGCCGAGGACAUCGACAUCAAACCUGGCAUCGCGGAGAUGAUACGCGAGGAGGAGCGGCAAUGGAAAUGCAGAUAUUAGCUUCGGGAGGUCGUGUCUACAUUGUCGCAGGCAACCUAAAUUUCUAA